AGUUACAAACAAACAUAUAGACCACCAAAGCUACAAAGAAGACAAAGAGUCUAUAUCCGUGUGAGCGUAAGAAAAUGUCUACUAUGGUGAAAUCUGGAGAAGCUAAGUUAGAGAGAGAUGCUAACCAAGUGCUUGUUGGGCAAGUCAAGCUUUCUAAUGGUUUUGAGGAUCAAAAAUCUUCUCCUCUUCCCAAUGAAGAGACAAAGGAUGAAGCCUCUCGUGGUGAAACUAGUGGUGAAAAACCAGGCAAGGAAAAAGGAGUGGUAAAAGAUACACUACAAGAUAGAAUUUCUUCUGUAGCUAUUAAAAAAAGAAACACUCCAAUAUGGUUUAGAUUGGUGGCUUCUAAUCAAGAUAAUACAAUUGCACCACUGCAACAAAUAGCAUCGUCUUCCAUAAGGGUUAAAAACAGUAAUAUGCAACUUUCAUUUAUCAAGAAAUACCUUGUAAAGAAACUCGAUCUUAAAAGCGAAAAUGAGGUAGAGUUAUACCUAGAAAAUGAACCUCUAGAUUCAUCCAUUAUGUUGCCUGACUUGUGGCAGUAUUGGAUCUCUACAAAGAAAGAUGUUGAUGUAAAGAAUGUGAAGGUGGGAUCUUCAGGCGCUGAUUACAUCAUGCCCAUCAACUAUGGCCGCAAAUCUGGAAAUGUGAUUUAAUCUUCUUAAGGUUAUUUAUAGCACAAGUUAUCUUGUAGCUUUUUUAUCCCUUUUCAUGUUAUGAAAUUCUAUUUCAGUUAUUAAAUAAGUAUGCAUCUGCUCUACUUUCACAUUUGGAAAGUAUAUUUUGCUGAUGUAAUAAGGCCUAAAUGUCCUU